AUGCUGUCAACGACGUCGACACAACACCUGCAUCGCAAGGCCACUUCGGCGUUGUAUAAACCGCUCCAUCUACGGCACUCACAUUUGCUGCAACAGCGAGUAGGGCAAUCUUUCCAACGGAAGGGAAUGAGUGAACUGCUGCAAUUGAGACAGCAUAAUCUGGCAAUGAAGCGUCAGAUGCUACAAUCCUCGCGUUUGCAUACGUUCUUGCGAAGAAGUAACUCAAACAAGUCACUAAGCUGGGCGGUGUGGCUUCAUGAGAAUAUUCCAAAGGGUUUUGGACGCUUUUAUCCUAAAAAUGGCUCUGGUGGCACGUUCGGAGGCCCACCUAAGACGGCUCCUACAUUAGGCGAGAAAGGAGCUUCUGACGUAAAAAAAUUGAGCUCCAAAAUAGCCGAAAAAAAGCAGGGCGGACGUGGAAGUUCGUCCAGAGGUGGACGUGGCCCCAACGGCAAGGAUGGUAUGGCUUACCUGGUCCCGCUAGCAGUAGCUGCAUUGUUCCUGUCCGACAUGGCUUCAAUCGACAAACCCAUGCAAGAAAUUACAUACCAGGAGUUCCGCAAUAACUUUUUGGAGUUAGGGCGCGUUGAAAAGCUUGUUGUGGUGAACAAAAAAUACGUUAAAGUGUUCUUAAACGAUUUAUCGGGAGCAAGUCAGCCAGCGGGUAUGAACUCAGGCCAUGGAACCGCCAAUGAGUACGUUGGCUGGCAUGAUAAUCACGCUAAGGAGCACCAUGAGCAUAAUUUUAGUGUUGAGUCAAACCGCCAGCCGAGCAGCAGCGGUCGAGGAGCUCAAUCGCCUGGCUUUGGCUCGGGUGGUGAAGCUACUGGGCGAUCAAACACCAAUUCGACUUAUUACUUUAAUAUUGGAAGUGUCGAGAGCUUUGAAAGACAACUUGAGCACGCGCAACACCAGAUGGGUAUUCGUCCUCAUGACUACAUUCCAGUGCAGUACAGCAUUGGCAAGAGUCCGGCCAAAAAAAUCACCAAGGAAGACAUUAAGAUUUCUUUUAAAGAUGUGGCUGGUGUGGAUGAAGCCAAGAAAGAGAUCAUGGAAUUUGUGGAUUUUUUACGCAAUCAGAAGCGCUUUACAGAGCUUGGCGCAAAGAUACCGAAGGGCGCCUUGCUGGUUGGGCCCCCUGGUACGGGUAAGACGCUGUUGGCGAAAGCGACGGCGGGCGAAGCGAGCGUGCCAUUCUUCAGUAUUUCCGGCUCAGAUUUUAUUGAAAUGUUUGUCGGUGUCGGUCCAUCACGUGUGCGUGAUCUUUUCAAGGAAGCUCGCGCUAAUGCUCCGUGCAUAGUAUUUAUUGAUGAAAUCGAUGCAGUGGCGCGAUCACGUAGCAAGGGAAACUUCUCAGGAGGCAACGAUGAGCGCGAAAAUACACUUAACCAGCUACUGGUAGAGAUGGAUGGGUUUAACUCUAGUGAAGGUGUAGUGGUCCUGGCUGGUACAAAUCGUGCCGAUAUACUUGACAAGGCUAUCUUACGUCCUGGUCGGUUCGACCGGCAGAUCACCGUGGACGUUCCGGAUAUCAAGGGCCGUCGCGAAAUUUUCAAGGUGCAUCUUAAAGACUUAGCGCUGGAUGGCAACGUGGACGACUUUGCCCGCCGGAUGGCUGCGCUGACGCCUGGUUUUGCUGGUGCAGAAAUUGCCAACAUAUGUAAUGAAGCUGCUAUCGUGGCUGCGCGACGGAAUGGUUUGAAGAUUACAUUUAAGGACUUUGAGCAGGCCACAGACCGUGUGAUUGGUGGGCUGGAGACAAAUCGGAUCAUGUCUCCAGAAGAGAAGAAGACGGUGGCAUAUCACGAAGCUGGGCAUGCUGUAGCCGGCUGGUUUUUGGAGCACGCUGACCCGCUGUUAAAGGUGACAAUUGUGCCACGUGGCAAAGGCUCCCUUGGUUACGCACAGUACCUUCCGAAGGAAGUGGCUUUACAUAGUCGUGAGGCUUUAAUAGACAUGAUGUGUAUGGCACUUGGUGGUCGUGCAUCGGAGUUUGUAAACUUUGACGGGCGAAUCACGACCGGCGCUUCUGACGAUCUCCGCCGUGUGACUCAGAUCGCUUACUCGAUGGUGCAAUUGUACGGUAUGAACGAUCGUCUUGGGCAACUUUCUUUCCCGAAAGAAGAAGGGGCUUACCCGGACAAGCUUUAUAGUGACAAGACGUCCGAGGUUAUUGAUGACGAGGUACAAAAGAUCGUGCAUAAUGCGUACGAGCGGACCAAGCAGCUUCUGAGCGAGAAGCAAAAGCAGCUGCACGAAUUAGCAGAGGAGCUGCUGCAUAACGAGACCAUCAACCAUGGAGACAUUGUGCGUGUCCUGGGUCCUCGUCCGUUUGGCGGCAACAAGACAUAUACCGAAUUCGUGGAGGAAUCGUGGAAAAAUGCUGACAAUUAUGAAGCAGAGAAAGCCAAAGCGGCAAAGGCAACGGAUGAAGCGACAAGUAGUGUAGAGGACAACCAGCUGGAAAACGACAAUGACCCAAAGUAG